AAGAGAGACAAGCUAGCUACAGCCACCAAUACUGGCAACAACCGGGUCUUGUCUUGUUUCAGCGAUUUAAUCGAUUCUAGUGCCGUGUUUUUCAUUUUAAGACUUGUUAAAAGUUUACUAGCUAGACAGCUAGCUAUCUUAUGGCCGACAAAGUAUUUUGUCCAACUAUGGAUACACAAGAAUCAGGGGAAAGCGGGGAGGCAGCUGGUAUAAUAAUCCCGACAAUCAUGUCUUCGAGUGAAAGUGGACCAAAGACAGACGAAUGUUUGAAUUUGGAGUCAGACGUGGAAAUUGAAGAGAGUGUAAAGGAUGGUGAUUUCAGACAAAAUAUUGCUAUAACAGGACUCCUUCAAAACGAAGACAAAGGCGAUGGCGAGGAUGAAGAUGAUGACGACAGUGGCACAGACUACUUCAACACAGACCAGGCUGGUACUCGGCUUCUUCGAGCAGAGCGUCCAGGGAAAUCAUCCCUCCCAGACACCUUUCAGACCAGUCAACUCCUCUACUAUGAGCGAUUCAAGGUGUAUCAAGACUACAUGCUAGGGGACUGUAAAAUGUCAGAAGUGAAGUCGUUCACAGCUGACUACCUGGAGAAGGCUCUUGAGCCUUGUGACUGGCAAGCUCUCUGGUGCACAGAAGUGUUUGAUGUGCUGGUGGAGGUGGCCGAUGUGGACUUUAAGGAGCUCAAGGCUAAGGUGAAGCUGGUGGUGCCUAUGAAGUGUGAGGCCAGGGGCUGUCAGCUGACAGAGGAGGCCAUGAGCGUCCUGCUGGAGGCCUGCCUCCACAGAGCCCCUCUGCAGGAGCUCCAGGUGGUCUACGAUGAGUCUGGGGACUUUGACCAGACCGCUCUGGCGUUGGAGCACCUCAGGUUUUUCUACAAGCACGUUUGGAGGCAGUGGGAUGAGGAGGAUGAAGAUGAUGACUUUGACUACUUUGUCAGAUGUGUUGAGCCUCGUCUCAGACUGUACUACGACAUCCUGGAGGACCGCGUGCCCGCCGGCCUGGUAUCUGAGUACGGCUCUCUGCUGCAGCGCUGCUCAGCCAGCUACCAGGAGUUCUCCAGCCUGAGGAACGGCCUGAGCUGUGAUUCAGAGUCGGAGCUGGACAACGUCUCCAUGGUGGAGGGCCUCAAGCUGUACGAGCAGAUGGAGGGCCUGAAGCGCAAGCUCCGCAUCAUGGAGAACCCCCUGCUCAGGUAUGUUCUGGGAUACAAGGUGAAUUCGGGUCUGCAGUCGUGCAGCGCCCGGGGGGUGAGGGAGGGUGGAGGGCGGCUGGUUCACGUGGUGUCGGCCCCCACCCAGGUGAGCCAGCUCCACAGCCUGAUGGUGAACAAGCUGCAGCCGGAGUUCUCGGGAGAAGACUACCAGGUCCAGUUCCACAGUGACCCGGUGCAGGCCGUGGGCAGCUGCUACGAAGGUGACGUGGUCCUCAUCCUGCCUGGACACUACAGCGUCCCCAGUUCCAUCACCAUUCCAGACUCCAUCGUGGUGGAAGGGUUCGGUCUUCCUGACGAGGUGGUGAUCGAGAAGCAGAGCAAAGGAGACUCGUUUCUGGAGUCCACGGGAGCCAGCGUGAAGAUCUCCAACGUCAAGUUCAUCCAGCACGACGCCAUCGAGGGCAUUCUCUGUGUCCGUCAGGGGAAGCUGGAGAUGGAGAACUGUGUGCUGCAGUGUGAGACCACUGGGGUCGUUGUGCGCACCUCUGCCCAGCUCACCAUGAACAUGUGUGAUCUCUACGGCUCAAAGGGAGCGGGCGUGGAGAUCUACCCUGGCAGUGUGUGUAGUCUGGUGGGCAACGGCAUCCAUCACUGUAAAGAAGGCAUUCUCAUUAAGGACUUUGCAGAUGAGAUGGACACCAUGCCCCAGAUCACCAUGGUGAACAACGUGAUCCACAACAACGAAGGCUACGGUGUGAUCCUGGUCAAACCUGGAGCAGAAGAGGAUCAGGACCAGUUUGCUGCUGCAGGAGAGCCGGUGGAGGAGGAGGAGGAGGGGAAGGGGGUGAGCGAGGAGGCCGAGGCCGAGGGAGGAGAGGGGGUUGGCGGAGAGGCAAAAGUGGACGUUCCCCUCAUUGGGCUAGACGUCGCGGAGACGUCGGCCCCUCAUUGCUAUGACACCACGCCAGAGGUCACCGAGGGUAACGGGGCCAUCGAGAGGGAGCUGGUGGCGACGUCGGCCAAGAAGCUGUGUCGUCAGAGGAGCAGGAUUAGGGAGCUGGGAACCCAGGCUGUGGACAACCUGCUCUCCCAAGAGAUGUUCGUCUCCAUCCAGGGGAACCAGUUCAGACGCAAUGGCAAAGGCAGCUUUGGAACUUUCCUCUACUGAACCCUCUUCGGUUUCUUUAUCACUGAAAGCAUGCACAAACCACAGACACUUUGACCUUUUAUUUAUUUCUUUAGCCAUUCCUCUAUGCUGCACUGGUUUGUGAGUGAGCACAAAAUGAAACGGGGCUUUUUUUAAUGGUUUUAACUGGCCUUUUAGCUACAAUCUCCAUUUUUGAUGGACUGUUGUUAAAGUCUUGAGUUUAUGAAAUGAAAGUUGGUAAUGCUUCAGACUGGAGUCUUAUUUUUGAUGUCUACACGUUGAAUGUAUUUACGAAGCACUCACUGAGAAGUUUCCCCCCCACGGUGUCAUGAAUAUUGUAUCAGUUUUACACAUUAUUUGAUUUUGUAAUUCAGUGAUGUACAUUUCUAAAUUGGGGUGAUGUCAAUUCUUUGGUUGAGGUAAAUGCACAGUGUAUGUUUUUCAGAGUGUACGUUUGUUUUUCACCUCGGUGGCUUAAUUCAGCCCAUUUGUAUUAUGCUGAAAGCAUUAUCAACAUUGCAACACCAUAUGCGAAUAAAAUGAGAA